CGUGCAGUGAAGUCACCCUUGUCAUGGUGCAAACCAAGAAGGAAGUAAAAUAGAACCGGCGACGCAGUACAGGAAGGCAUAUAGUUGUGUCCAUAUGUCAGUGUGGAUUGUCUCUAUCAGAAUGUACUCGUGUUGGGAUGGCAAUGUUUGAACUACUGUAGUGUAUUGUAUUGGAAGAGAAACAAACAUUACCAAACAUGCUUUGAGCUCACAUGUCUGAAUUCAACAACUGCGGACUUCUUCAUCCCAUGAUUCAUCUCUACCUCUGGAUUCACGUUGAUCUACCAACACCUUAUUUGGAAUGGAUACAUUAAGUUGACGUCAUUAUGGCACUGGGUGAACAGAUAUUGAUGGACAAGGAUGCAUCGCACCACAAACAGCUGUUGCCAAGAAAGAUUCCUUUCACCAUGAAUCUUUGCACAUGUUUCUACGGCGUUAUGUUGUGGGGGAAAUGACAACCGCCAUGUGUUGGGACAUAUUUGAAUAAGGAAGACUUGUAGCGAAAAUGGAACCUAAGGAUAUUCUUCGAAGACACCAUGUUUUCUUGAAGGAUCACCUUGAUGUGACAGGUGUCCUGGAUCGCCUUUACCAAGAAGGAGUAUUCACGGACUCUGAAGUAGAAGAGUGUCGUGCUGGGGACGUCAAGUCUAAACAGUGUAACAUCCUCUUGGAUACCCUACGGAGAAAGGAUGCUCAUGGUUACAGAACCUUUUGUGCGAUCUUAGACGAUAUCCAGCCGAAUAUAAAGACACGUUUGGACGAGGACGAUGGAGCAGGGACAGCGUUGUAUGUCAAUAAGAACAAGAUUGAACGCAAGUACAAAGCAUUAAUAGACAGAAAAGAUACACGCAUUGCUCAACUGGAAAAGGAAUUAGAAGAACGAAGUUCUGAUAUCACGCACAUGUGUGCUGAACACAAGAAGGAGAUGGACGCCAGUACGUCACGCAUGAAGCUCUCGACGGACGUGGCUAUGAAGGAAAAGGAACAGACCAUUGCUUAUCUGCAACAACGGAUUCAGAGUGCGGAAAGUGGGAAGCUGAAAGCUGAGAAAGCAUUAGAAGAAAGUGUAGCUCUCAAGGAGGAACUGCAAUCCCAGAUACAGCUCUUGGAGAAGGAAUUUGCUGAUUGUAAAGAGAAGUAUGAUGCUAUCACACAGUCCACAAUACCAGAACGAUGUGUCAACGCAGAAGAACAUGCAAAUCCCACUGAAUGGAACAUAGAUACAUGCACGAUGUGUCGACAACAUUGUGAGGAGAAUCAGGUCAUGUACAGACUUCCAUGUAUUCAUCUGAUGUGCCAGACCUGCUUGGAACAUCUCAACGAAACCCACGGAACCUGUUCUGAAUGUUCAAUAGCAUUCGCUCGUACUGACAUCAAGCUAGAUACUUCAAGAAGAAACAAAGCAAGAUGGGAGGACAGAGAAACAAGAAGAACCUGCACACAUAACGAUCACCAUUAUGAAGCAGAAGCUGUAUGUUAUUGUCCUCGAUGUGAAGACUACCUAUGUGCAGAAUGCAACAACAAUCACGGUCAAAUUAGGUGUUUUGCUGGGCACGCAACGUACUCAAUGGAGGAAAUUCAAACCAUUCCUUAUCAACACUUCAUGAAAAAGCAGAUGUGUCAUCAUCAUGAAGGGCAUGAUCUUGUCCUUUAUGACCAAGAUUGUAAGAUCGCCCUAUGUCUAGUCUGCAUUCAAGAUGAUCACCAGAACCACAAUACAGUUCAUCUUGAAAAGGUGUAUGAGCAAGAGAAGAAGGCAUUGGAGGUUCUCCUGGGGGAUCUUGAAAUACGAUCAGAAGAAAUAAAGAGAAACGUUAUGGACAUGGAAGACCACGGGCUGGCUUUAGACAAGACUGAGGAAUCUCUGUUCAACCAGAUAUCUGUAACAAGAGAACGUAUGUCGCAGCUGCUGCUCCAAAGAGACAGACAAGUCCAGAGUGAAGUCAUCCAAAGCUUGGUAGCACCAAGGAUGGCACUGAAGGAAAAUCUGGCCCGUUUGCUCAAGACAUUCAGUUCUGUAAAGACUGCUAUCAGAUUUGGCAAGCAAAUUCUUCAGUACUGUUCCAAAUCUGAGUUUCUUGAGUUGAAACCGAUCUUACAUGAUAAGUCCAUGAUCGAUUUGAAUAUAACUUUGCCUAGUGCAGACAGACGAGGUGGUGAAGUACGGUUAUUGUUCCAUGGACAGAACAACCUGGAGAGAAUGAUACAGUCUUUCUUUAGCUUAUACAGUCCUAUGAUAAUGGAUGCGGAACCACCCUCAGAUGCCACCCCAACAAUGGAAGACUACCUGAGAAGAAUUAACUUACUGGAGGAAAGAGUAGAAGAAAACGAAAGAGCAAUAACAUUCCAGACAGAGAUGCUGUCACAACAGGACAGGGAAAUUCGGCUUCUCGAGCGACAGCUUGAGCAAAAGACGACAGAGUUGCAGUCUACCGAGAAUAUUUCAGCUUUGAAAGACAAGAAAUUGAAGGAUUUGCCGUACCUAGAGCAACGAUGCGGGGAUCUUGAGGACAAGCUUAGCGGAGAAAGGAGCCGACACAAAGAGAAAAUGACACCUCUGAAUGAAAGCAUCGACCUUUUUCGAAAAAGAUGUGAACAGCUUGAGCAAGCGUUGGAACAAACGGUAGUCUGUGUUGGCAGUCAUCGAAAUGGAGUAGACAGCUUCCUCAUCGUCUGUCCCAGACUGAAGAUGUGUAUACAACGGGUAAACACACGGUGGUGCAGCGUAGAGAAUGGAGAGUUAAGCAACAUGCCGUCAGACAGUCUACAGGAAGAGUCAGGCCAGCUUCGUUUUCGAAAAUUUUGGGGCACUUCCUGCUCCGAGCCGCUCCACCCAGCACCUUGUCAAGUCCACCAUGAACCUACGUAUUGGGAGGUGGAAGCUGACAUCGCUGGUAUUGAUGACGAAUCCUUGAAAUCUCAAAAUAAAGAACCAAUUUUAGAGACAGGAGUUGUCGAGGAGGCGGUAUUGGACACACGCGCCUUUAUGUCAGCUGGUGAAUUGUCUUGGUGCGUUGUUUUGUGUUUGUGUUCCAAGCACGACUGCAUAUGCAAACAGAUAUGGCAGCAUGGACAACAUAUCAAGUGUGUCACCAUCUCAAAAGCAGAAACUGUUAUGAGAUUCGGCGUUGUAUUGGAUGCUGUAAGGUCGAAACUUACGUUUCUAGACAUUUUAAAGAAUGAUAUAUUGAGGGUGUUUGAUUUAGAGCAUACUUCACCGUUGUGGUUGACCUUUGGCGUGUCAACAAAGAUACCUUUCUCUGUGAAGCUGAAACUGAUCUCAGGAACAGAUUUAGAAAUGAAUGCUCGAAAGAAAGGCCUCAUCCUGAAAGCAGUAUCACAGUGAUAGUUUGAAAAAUGAUAGUCAUUUCACGAACUCGACAACUGUAAUUUUAAGGCCUCGUAUCCACACUCAAAGGGUAUGACAGUAUUCUCAAGCAGACCAAAUUCAGAAAAUCUGAGUAAUAUACAUCUAAAGAAAUGCUAAACACUACUCCUUGACUUGGUUGAUGCUUGUCAACGUAUCCAAAUUGCGUGGAGACCCGAGGAGAUCCGGGGUGGAAUAGGUCUUCAGCAACCCAUGCUUGCCGUAAAAGGCGACUUUGCUUGUCGUAAAAGGCGA